UCGUCUGGUUGUGACUGGAAACGUCUGGCUGAUCUAUGUGUUGUGGUUCUAUGUCCACAGCUGACUGCGAGCUUUGGUCCCGGUUCUGCUCAGCUGCUUCUGUAGGACUUUUCCACCUCAUCUUCCUCAGCAGCAUCUUGUCCUCCUUGGUCUCGUUCCCGUUUCUGCCACUACCUCCCGGUGCCGUCCAGGGUCCUGGUUUUUGAUCUCGCGGUGGCUGCUGGGACAUCGCGUGCUCCUGCGUCCCUCUGUCGCAUGUCUGGAGAAAUGUCAGCCGGUAACCCGAACCAGGUCCGGACCGGGGAGCAGAACCGAGGCGCAGCUGAGGUUCCGCAGACCGUGUUCGUCAUCCUGGACUCGGCGGAAACCCUCAACCUGGUCAGGGUGGAGUCUGGAAUCGUUGCCGACAUCGAGGUCGACAGUUUGCUUCCUUCUGACUGCGAAACCUUUUACCAGAUGAAGAGUCAACCCGUCAGCAUCAGUUCACCAGUAGCACCUUGUUCCUCAUCAUCAUCCUCACUGCCGUCAGUCAUGUCGUCCAGGGUGCUGAUGCGGCAGGGUCUGAUGCGUCAGCAGGCUCUGGAGGAGGAACAGAAGGAGGCGCAGCAACAGCAGCGCUCCAUUGGCUCCUCCUUGCCCAUCUGUGUGUCCGUGUCCUCCUCUUGCAGACCUGCUCAGAUCCCGGUGGAGGUUCUGAAGGUGCAGACUCACCUGGAGAACCCCACCAAGUAUCACCUCCAGCAGGCUCAGAGGCAGCAGGUCCUUCAGUACCUGUCCACCAACCAAACAGCCAAUCAGCAGCCAGCUGUGCAGCCAAGCUCUUCUCUUGAGCCAAUGGAAAGCAGCCCCAAACAAGAAGAGGAGGAGGCUGUCAUUGAUGACAUCAUCAGCCUGGAGUCGAGCCUGAAUGAUGAGUUUCUGACUCUGACUGAUUCUGGACUUCAGCUCGCCAACACACUCCCGGUGUCUGGGAAUGUUCUGGAUGGGUGCAGCAGCAGGAGCGGGAUAGCCACGCCCACUGUCGCAGUUAGCAACAGUUGCCCGGCUGAGCUUCAUGUUAUCAAGCGGGAGCUAACUGAUGUGGAGACCAAAGCUUUGAUGAAAGAGAGACAGAAGAAGGACAACCACAACCUGAUCGAGAGGAGACGACGUUUCAACAUCAACGACCGCAUCAAAGAACUCGGAGAUCUGAUCCCCAAGUCCUCAGACCUGGAGACCAGGUGGAACAAAGGAACCAUCCUGAAGGCGUCAGUGGAUUACAUCCGGAAGCUUCAGAAAGAACAACAGAGAACGCGAGAGAUGGAGGAGAGGCAUAGGAGGCUGGAGACCACCAACCGUUCUCUGCUGCUGCGCAUACAGGAGUUGGAGCUCCAAGCUCGUGUCCAUGGCCUUUCCUCCUCCACCCUUCCCCCCACCUCCACCUCUCCCCCAUUGGACCCACAGACUCUACUCUCCCCAUCCCGGCCUCCGCUGUCCUCAUCCUCUCUGGGCUUGGACGCUCUGAGUUUCGUGGAUCUGGACGAACCCCGAGGAGCAUCUACCGUCUUCUCCCCGGACCUGAUGGCCGACGUGGAGCUGACGGAGCUGCAUGGCCUGGGGGGGCUCCUGAUGGAGGAGCCUGGAGGAGGAGAUGUGGUGUCUGACCCCCUGCUGUCCUGUGGUGCCUCGAAGGCCAGCAGCCGGAGAAGCAGCUUCAGCAUGGACGAGGACCUCGCAUGAUGUUAUCACAUGCUCCGAUCUGAUUGGCUGGACCUGGAGGUCAGCUGGGAGUUUUGGUUGUUUUUGUUUUUAUUUGUUGGAACAAUUUUUGAUUUCUGACAUCAUCUGAGCAAACAACAUACAAAGAUCGGGUAACCAUGGUAACCACUGUGCCCUCACUUGUUACCCUGGCAACUAUUUUCCCCAGUUAUGGUCACCACUGUGGAACCAAAGAAACCUUCAAGUGUAUAAAUGUGUUACCAUUGCAACAGGAGUCCUAUCAUGAAAACCUGUAUUGUUCACCUAUACAACUAUCCUCUCUGUGGUUACCAUGGUAACCACUGAGCCACCAAAAGCUUAUUGCUGUUAACAAAGGAGCUCUGAGCUGAUUGGUUGGUGGAGGUUUCUGUCAUCUUCUCAGAGCUCACCUGGAGGCUGAGCAGCUCACCUGCAGGUUCACCUGGAUGCCCCGCCUCCCUGCGGUGCUAUAAAUAUGAAGCUCUGUGAUCAGUGUCUGCUGGAGACCAACAUCAAGAAACCGGAAGGGAAACUAGAGGCCAGUCAGUGCUUCUGUGUGUGCAGGUCAUUUGCAGCAGAACUUUGGACUCGACAUCUGGGUGGAUGUCAUGGAAGAAAAAUCCUGGAAACCUUUUGGUUCUUGUAGAACUGAGGCUGCAGCAGCAUGUGGACCAGUGUUAUCGCACCAGAACCCAUCUGAACUGCUGCAACCCAGUCACAAUCUAAAGCUCCAAGUCCGGAACGAUGUCUUGUGUCAAAAUCUUGCAGAAGAUUAAAGGUCAAACCAUAAAAAACUUUAAGAUUACACAUGAACCAGAUUUAAAGAAGUGAUCAGGUUCUAAAGAACUCAAAACUAAAGUCCAGUCUUGUUACGAGUUAUUUAGCUCAGAUC